CGGGCUCUGAUUGGUUUCUGAAGAACACAAGCGAAAAAAGCAGCCAGUGGGCUCUCGGUGGGCGAGUCGGACCGCAAGGCGGUCUGCACUGUUGCUCUGCCAUUAUUUAAAAAAAUCUUCCAUGCGUCAACAUUGUGACUUUUGUUAAACCUGUCAGACUUUCAACAGCAACUUCUGAGAAGACUACGGACAUUCUCUGGUGUAUUCCAGAGGGUCUAUUAUAGAGUCAACAACGACACUGUCUGAUUUGGGAAUUCAUAUACUCUUCAAGAUGGGGUUCACAAAGGAAACCGCCUCCAUCGGCAUUAUUGGCAUGGGAGAUAUGGGCAAAAUGUAUGCCCAGAGGUUGAGCAAUGCAGGAUGGAGGUAAUCACGACCUUGUUUUCGGUUCUGUCCAGUUGUCAAAUCAACAGCCUUAUCGCAUUCGGUAAGCAAGCCCCCUUUUCAUCCCCAUCUUUUGCAUGAUGACUUGAGUGCAUUUGGCUCGAGCAUGGUCUGCUAGCUCGCUGUUAACGCCAUUUUGGCUGAUGGUGAGCUGGUUUUCCGUCGAUGAUGUAACAUACUCGCUACCUUACUAUCAUUUGUCUGAUAUUUGCAUUACUCUCUGUUACUUGAAACUCGCAUUGUUUUGUCCGGGUCUCAUGCUAACUGAAUCACUAGGAUCUUCGCAUAUCACUUUGUCCUUGUGGACUGACAUGGCCGUACUAACUCUCUUAAGGAUUAAUGCAUGUGACAAACCCGAUAGCUUUAAUAAAUUGCAGAAAGAAUUCGAGUCUCAAAGUGGCGUAACAAUAUACCCGAAUGGUCACCUUGUCUCAAGGAUUAGCGAUUUCAUAUUGUACAGUGUAGAGGCCGGCGUCAUUGACAAGGUAGUCUCAGAGUAUGGCCCAUCCACCAAGGUGGGCGCUAUCGUUGGCGGCCAAACAUCUUGCAAGGCACCGGAACUAGCUGCAUUCGACAAGCAUCUCCCCCAGGAUGUAGAAAUUGUCUCAUGCCACUCCCUGCAUGGUCCGCAGGUGAACCCCAAGGGCCAGCCAUUGGUCCUGAUUCAACACCGUGCCAAAGACGAGAGUCUCCGAUUCGUCGAGGAAGUCCUGUCGUGCUUCAACUCCAAGUAUGUCUACCUCAGUGGUGAAAUGCACGACCGUAUCACAGCAGACACCCAAGCCGUCACACACGCAGCCUUUCUAAGUAUGGGAACGGCAUGGCACGCGAACCAGCAAUUUCCCUGGGAGAUAUCCCGCUGGGUUGGCGGGAUUGAGAACGUCAAGAUCAAUAUCACUUUGCGCAUCUACUCGAACAAGUGGCACGUCUAUGCUGGCCUCGCAAUCCUCAACCCAGCCGCAAAGAAGCAGAUCCGGCAGUAUGCAGAGUCGGUGACAGAGUUGUACAAGCUCAUGAUCGAGGGACGACGGGACGAGCUCAAGCGCCGAGUAAGGGCAGCUGGAGCGGCAGUCUUCAAAGAAGGCACGGAGAAGCAAGACCUCUUGUUGAGUGAUGAGGUUCUCGACCGCUUCUCGUUGUCAAAGGGAACUCGCGAGACAUCGCCGCCCAACAAUCAUCUGAGUCUGCUGGCCAUCGUUGAUUGCUGGUCGAAACUUGGCAUCGUGCCGUACGACCAUAUGAUCUGCUCGACGCCCCUUUUCCGCCUGUGGCUUGGAGUGACAGAGUACCUAUUUCGCAACCCAGACCUUCUUGAUGAAGCACUAGACACAGCCAUAGACGACAAGACAUUUCGAUCUGAUGAUCUUGAAUUCACGUUUGCGGCCCGGGCAUGGUCAGACUGUGUUUCCUUUGGGGAUUUCGAGUCGUACCGCGAUCGAUUCGAGAGGAUCCAACAGUACUUUGCUCCACGAUUUGCCGAUGCGGUCAGUCUUGGAAAUGAGAUGAUGAAGACAAUCCUAGAGAAGACGAGCAACGAAACUUCGUAAUGAUAAUGAGCGUAUGGGAUACGAUGAAUGCGGUGCUAGAAAAAGCUGGGCAACCUAGCCGAGAUCCUGAGAUCUAACUCAGUUCAAUAAUACAUUUUCAAUGAGAAGUCGUGGACCACCGGACCAUCGUACUUGUAUUGUGUAGGUGUGUGGAUUGUUGUCGCGACUCCGUAGCAGUAUAAUUAGGUAAAUGCUCGGUUCUUCAUGCUUUCUUGGGUGUUCCUUGAAAUAUAGAUUGUUGAUGUUGAAAUCCAAUGGUUCAAUCUUAGGUAGCAAACCACAACCAGUCAAACGUGUUGAUUAAGUUAAUGAAGAACCCGAAAACCAAGGCUUGCCACAGAUACUUGAUACUCUUUCACAGAGUUAAUAAUGCAUUAGAAUAUGACAUGAACCUUAAAAAGAGUUGUAUGG